AUGGUUAAAAUCGUAUAAUCAACCAAAUUGCUUAAAUCAAGACGUCUACUUAGGUUAAAACUAAGUAAAUUAUCUUUGUAAUCAAAAUAAAUUGGUGUUGAUAAAAAGGAAUAAGAAACUAAAUAAGUUCAAAUAAUAAAUGAGGAUUAAUUUAUUACACAUAUUGAACCAAUUAAAUAGUUAUUGCCUUUCUAUUAAGGAGGUAAAAUACAAAUAACAAAUAAUGUGAUAUAUACAUGUUUUAAUUUUUGUGUGUAAUAUCUUGAUAAGAAAAUUUAACAUAAUUAAGAAGAAAUAGCAAAUUUUUGUGUGAGUAAUUUAAAUGAUUAUAUUGCAACAUUUACAAAGAAUUAUAUGCUCAGAUAUGUUAGAUUGAAUGAUCAUAUUACUUAAUUUACAAUAAAAACAGAUCCUUUAUUUGCCAUUGAUAUGUAAUUUAGUCCAGAAGAUGUUUAUUUGGCUUUAGGUGGUACUAAUUGCAUGGUCAAAAUUAUAAAUGUUAAAAAGAAUUAAUAAAGUACUGAAUUUAGAGUAAGUGGAAGUGUUCUUAAAUUAUAAUGGAUUCCUAUUAUGAGAAAAUUAUAAAUUGCUAUUGCCACAGAUGAUAGACGCAUCUCAUUAUUUGAUUUAGUAGCUAAUAGAAUACUUUGUGCUUUUGUUGACUUUAAUAGUAGAAUUACUCAUAUUUAAUUUAAUCAACAUAUGUUAAUAUCAAGUUGUAAUAAAUAUAUUAAAUUUUGGGAUACAAGUGUAUAAAAAAUGAGUGAAACUAUAGAAUUUGAUAUUGAAAUUGAAACAUUUAUUUAUUUUAAAAAUACCUUAAUUAUUGGUACUGAAUCUGGAGAUUUGCAUAUUAAAUAAUAAAAUAAAAAUAUUGUUAUUGAUUAACAAUUUAAUGGAUAAUAAAUAUUGAAAUUUAUUAAUUGUAAUGAGAAAUUGUAUAUUAUAACUAGUGAAUUGCAUAUUUAUAUAACUGAAUUAGUAUCUGGUUAAAUUUAAUAAUAAAAAUUAUUAUUAGGAUAUAAUGAUGAAAUAUUACAUGUGAAGUUUAUUAAAAAUAAUUAAUUACUUUUGGCUACGAAUUCACCAUUUAUGAAGUAAUAUUAAAUAUCUAUAUUUUAGAAUAUUAAAUUUAGAUAACAUGGAAGUAAUAGCUUGGAAGGCUCAUUUCAGUGUAAUCAUGUGUUGUGAAUUUAUUGAUGAUUUAAUAGUAACAGCAUCAAAAGAUAAUUGUGUCAUUAUAUUUAAAUAUAAAGGAUUUAAAUAACCAAUAGAAUUACACAAAUAUAGUGGUCAUUCUGAUGAUGUAAUUUCUAUAGAUGUCAAUUCCAAAUAUAUUGCUUCAGUUUCAAAAGACAAAACUCUUAAAUUAUGGAAUUUAAAGAAUUAUCAAUCAGAAUAAUCUAUCAAAACUGUUGUUGCUCAUGAAAAAGAAAUGAAUUGUGUUCGAUUCUCACCAAAUAAUAAACUUAUUGCCACAUCUUCUUAAGAUAGACUUAUUAAAUUAUGGGAUGAAAAUUUGAUGAAUAAGAUGAUACUUAAAGGACAUAAAAGAGGUGUUUGGGAUAUAUAAUUCUCUCCAGUUGAAAAAAUAUUGGCUUCAGCAAGUGGAGAUAAUACUAUAAAACUCUGGAAUCUUAGUGAUGGUUCUAUAAUUAAAUCUUUUUAAGGAGUUGCUCCUUAACUAAAAGUUUCAUGGUUGGCUAGAGGAUCUGAAUUAAUAAGUUCUGAUGCAAUUGGUAAUAUANAAUUUAGAGUAAGUGGAAGUGUUCUUAAAUUAUAAUGGAUUCCUAUUAUGAGAAAAUUAUAAAUUGCUAUUGCCACAGAUGAUAGACGCAUCUCAUUAUUUGAUUUAGUAGCUAAUAGAAUACUUUGUGCUUUUGUUGACUUUAAUAGUAGAAUUACUCAUAUUUAAUUUAAUCAACAUAUGUUAAUAUCAAGUUGUAAUAAAUAUAUUAAAUUUUGGGAUACAAGUGUAUAAAAAAUGAGUGAAACUAUAGAAUUUGAUAUUGAAAUUGAAACAUUUAUUUAUUUUAAAAAUACCUUAAUUAUUGGUACUGAAUCUGGAGAUUUGCAUAUUAAAUAAUAAAAUAAAAAUAUUGUUAUUGAUUAACAAUUUAAUGGAUAAUAAAUAUUGAAAUUUAUUAAUUGUAAUGAGAAAUUGUAUAUUAUAACUAGUGAAUUGCAUAUUUAUAUAACUGAAUUAGUAUCUGGUUAAAUUUAAUAAUAAAAAUUAUUAUUAGGAUAUAAUGAUGAAAUAUUACAUGUGAAGUUUAUUAAAAAUAAUUAAUUACUUUUGGCUACGAAUUCACCAUUUAUGAAGUAAUAUUAAAUAUCUAUAUUUUAGAAUAUUAAAUUUAGAUAACAUGGAAGUAAUAGCUUGGAAGGCUCAUUUCAGUGUAAUCAUGUGUUGUGAAUUUAUUGAUGAUUUAAUAGUAACAGCAUCAAAAGAUAAUUGUGUCAUUAUAUUUAAAUAUAAAGGAUUUAAAUAACCAAUAGAAUUACACAAAUAUAGUGGUCAUUCUGAUGAUGUAAUUUCUAUAGAUGUCAAUUCCAAAUAUAUUGCUUCAGUUUCAAAAGACAAAACUCUUAAAUUAUGGAAUUUAAAGAAUUAUCAAUCAGAAUAAUCUAUCAAAACUGUUGUUGCUCAUGAAAAAGAAAUGAAUUGUGUUCGAUUCUCACCAAAUAAUAAACUUAUUGCCACAUCUUCUUAAGAUAGACUUAUUAAAUUAUGGGAUGAAAAUUUGAUGAAUAAGAUGAUACUUAAAGGACAUAAAAGAGGUGUUUGGGAUAUAUAAUUCUCUCCAGUUGAAAAAAUAUUGGCUUCAGCAAGUGGAGAUAAUACUAUAAAACUCUGGAAUCUUAGUGAUGGUUCUAUAAUUAAAUCUUUUUAAGGAGUUGCUCCUUAACUAAAAGUUUCAUGGUUGGCUAGAGGAUCUGAAUUAAUAAGUUCUGAUGCAAUUGGUAAUAUAAAAUUAUGGAAUGUUAAGAAAUAAACAUGUAUUAAUACUUUCUCACAACAUACUGGUAAAAUUUAUGCUUUAGAUAUUAAGAGAGAAAAUCAAGAUGUUUUUAUAGUGACUGGAGCAAAUGAUUCAAAUCUAAUUUUAUGGAAAGAUAAGACAGAAUAAGUAACUUAAUAAUAAUAACUAUAAUAACAUGAUAUUAAAAUAAAAUUACAAACAUUUUAAGAUUUUAUGAGAGAUAAACUAUUUUUAGAUGCAGCUUUUAUUGCAUUUUAGAAUAAUUAUAUAAAACAUUUUAUUUAAGCUGUCACUGAAAUUUAUAAGUAAAUAUUAUGUUUAUUUAAGGCAAGAUGAUUAUGACAAUGUUGUCUCUAUGUUAUCCUAAAAAAUGGUUAAAGAAGAUGUAUUAAAAUUUUUAUAAUUAUUGAUAACAUUAAAUUAAAGCAAGAAAACUUAUUAAGCAGCAUAACAUUUAUUCUUUUAUUCAAUUAAAUUAAUAAAUGUUAAUGAAUUUAAAGAUGAAAAAAGAGAGUUAGUAAAAAAAUUGCUAUAAUAAUUAAAAUAUUUGACAUCCAAAUGUUUUGAUAGAUUAGAAAAUAAUUAUUCUUCUUAGUUUUUAAUUAAAUUCAUGAUAGAUAAGUCUAAAAUAGUUGUGUGA